AUGACUUCACGCGAAAGAUUUUACGAAUGUUUUUAUAAAAUAGUCAAUGAAAAAAAUAAUAAUUCAGUUUAUUUAUCGGCAGUUAAGUUUAAUGAAAUAGUUUCGGAGAUUAAAAAUGUGAGAUCAAGUGGAAUAAAAAGUAACAAGGCAUAUCGAAUUUUGAAAAGGUACGACCUCAUUACUAUUAGAGAAGAAAAUAAAUUAAUUUUGCUGUUGUUGGAAGGUAAUACAAACAUUUUGUACUAUAUUACUAAUGAAAAUAUCUAUGAUGUGCUGCAUGAUGUAUAUUUAAGUAUUGGACAUGGUGGAAAACACCGCAUGAAUGCUGAAGUUAAAAAAAACAAGGGUCUAGUGAUUAAGCUAAUGGUGUUUUCGGAAAUGAAUAGUAGGUGCCAAGUGGACUUGAUUGAUAUGCACACGCAGGGGGAUGGAGAGUUCUGGCUUAUUAUGGUAUAUCAGGAUCACCUUACUAAAUUUGUUCAAUUAAGACCCUUAAAAACGAAGAGAGCAGAAGAAGUUGCAAAACAUCUUAUCGACAUAUUUUGUAUUUUCGGAGCUCCGAUGAUAUUACAAUCUGACAAUGACCGUGAGUUUGUAAAUAAAAUAAUAGAAGACUUAAAAGAAAUGUGGGACACACUGAAAAUCGUUCAUAGAAAGCCACGCCACACUCAGUCACAAGGGAGUGUCGAGAGAGCAAACCAAGACAUACAAAAUAUGUUAAUAACAUGGAUGAAGAAAAAUAACUGUAAAUCAUGGUCGGAAGGACUUCGAUUUGUACAGCUAAUGAAAAAUAUGACCUAUCACGAUGGCAUUAAAAGAUCACCAUACAUGGCCCUAUUUAGCACUGAUGUGAAAAUUGGUUUGUCAUCUUUACUACCAGCUGAAGCAGUGGAAAAAUUAACCACUGAACAAGAAUUGGAAGAAAUAUUGCAAAGUGUCGUAUCAGACUAUGAACAAAAAGACGAUCAUAAUGUUUCUGAUAAAGAUGUAAAUUGUUGA